AUGCAUUAUAUUUCAUUUGUUCAAAGUGUUACAUUCUCUAACACCAAUAAAAACUAUACUAUGAAAGAAAUGACAAAAAGAACAAAAAUCAAACGAAAUUAUGAUUGGUCUCAAUAUUUUGGAGAUAGACCUAAAGUAGAUAAGAUCCAAGAUGGAAGUGCAUUGUAUGUAAUAUCAGAAUCUUCCAAUUAUUACAUAUCUAAUUGUUUCUUCUUCAAUUGUAAAGAAAAUGGAGCAAUUUACUUUGAUGAUCUUUACGAAGAAAACUGUGUAUUAGUUGAAUUCUCAAUAUUUAGUCAUUGUAAAUCCACAUAUGGUGGUGGAUCUAUUUACUAUUUCUGUUCAAAUGGACAGUUUGUCCAACAACAAAAUUGUUAUUACAAAUCAAUUUCCCAAAUAAGUGCUAUGUCAUUUUAUCAAGAAACUAAAUCUUCUAAUACUAAUAAAAACUACGUAUUCCAAGUUUCAGUUUAUAUAUGCGGUCAAAGCGAAGAAGAAGGAUAUUCUACAUUCUGUCUAGUAAAUGGUGAUAUCCAAUUUGAGAAUAACAACAUCACAAACAACAAAUGCAGUAGAUGCCCAUCAUACUGUAGUGUCCUUGGAGGAGGACCUGUGACAUGUAACUUCUCAACAUUCAGAGAAAACAACCAAACUGAAAGUGAUUCACUCACAUUUUACGCUUCUUCUACUUCAUUAACUCAAAAUGUUUCUUAUUGUAAUGUUAUUGGAAAUAGAUGUGGAACAGAUAAUGAACAAAUUCUAUUUAUAUGUGGCUGUACAACUAAUGUCGAUCACUGCAUAUUUUUAAAUAACACUGCUGUUUACAUGUUUGAUCAAAAUUACAAAAAUUACACUUUGACUAUUUCAGAAUCAUAUGUUCAAUCAAAUUCAACAACUGGACUAGGAACUGUUUCAUUUACUAAUCUAACAAACGAUUUUAAUAAUAUUUUUUCCCAUUUUUACACUGAAAUUUGUUUUGCAGAUCCCAGGUUAAUUUCUUUUAAAUUAUCUUAUCUCUCUAAAAUUUCAAAAACAUCUGCAGCAGCACUUUUAUCAUCAAAAAAUAAAAAAUAA